AUGGAGACUGCGCAGGAGACGCUGACCACGGCAGGGCAGAAGCGGGCAUGUGCUAUCCCUGGGGAUCCUUGGUCUGGCACCGCGGGGGCAUCAGGCCCUGGCAGUCCGCCUUGCCUGUCUAUUCACUGCUUCCCGUUUGUGCUCUUCCUCCUUGACAGUAUCCACACUGGGGACCGACCCUACAAAUGCGCUCACCCUGGUUGUGAAAAGGCUUUCACGCAGCUUUCCAACUUGCAGUCCCACAGACGGCAGCACAACAAAGACAAACCUUUCAAGUGCCACAACUGCCACCGUGCAUACACAGAUGCUGCCUCACUGGAGGUACACCUGGCUACACACACAGUGAAACAUGCCAAGGUCUAUACCUGCUCCAUCUGCAGCCGGGCCUACACCUCGGAGACGUACCUGAUGAAGCACAUGCGGAAACACAACAUCCCUGAUCCACAGCAGCAGGUGGUUCAGGCCCAAGCCCAGGCCUCUCAGCAGCAGCAGCACUUCCAGCCACAGGGAGGUGGGGCAGCGGGGGGCCCUUCUGGAGACACUAAUCAACCCAAUCCUCCCCCUCAGUGCUCCUUUGACCUGACUCCUUACAAGACUUCAGAGCAUCAUAAGGACAUCUGCCUCACUGUCAGCACCAGCGCCAUCCAAGUGGAGCACCUCUCCAGCUCCUAGAGAGACCUCAAGCCAGGGAGCUGAAAGCCUCUUGUGCAUAGCCUGCGCCCAGGGGCACCGCUUGUGUGGUGGCCCUCCUCGUGCAACAGUCUCCGGCCUCUCCUCCUGCAACAGCCUCUUCUGGCCGUGUAACCCUGUUCAUGGCAGCCCCUUGAAUAACAGCCUUUAUCAAGGGGGUGCUCCUUCUGUGCAACAACCUGCCUGGUAGGAGGAUGCUUCCUUGUGCAAGAGCUCCUUUCCUGUGCUGGGAUCACUUCCUCAUGCAAGAGCCCCUCCUUUAAAACCCAAAGAAAGGCCUCUGUUUUGCCUUCUCUCACUGUAGGAUGCGUAUGAAGGGGUGGGGAGGUGUUGAGACAUGCGUGGUGAAUGGAAUGGAGUCCUAGUAUGUACAGGGGCUUGGACACGCUUUCAGUGGGCCACAGAAGAAUGUGGCAGGGUUCACAACUGGAUGGUUUCUUUUUUUUGUUUUUUUUUUUUGAGGAUUUCCUUGAGUGUCUAAGAGGGAAAUAUCCAUUCCUGUUCCUCCUGCUUGUGAAAGGGAGGAGGGGUCAAUUGUCCUGCCCCCAGGACUGGAUGGGAGAAACCUUCCCAGUGGAAAGUGAGACCAGUGUGGGGGAGAGGUGAGGCAUGUUCUCUGGGCUGGACAGGUGCCUGCACUGCCUGGGGGCUAUGGAGUAUUGCACUCUUUCUUCUCCCCUAGUGGAGAGCAAUAGAGAGGAGUCUGUUGGAACUGGCUGCUGCCUCUCCCAGCUAUUUGAGCAGUGUAAUGGCCAAGGCCCCAUAGGAAUGUGGGUUCCUGCUCGUUGCUCUUCCUGCCCGUUGUGGAUGAUGUCCUAGCAGCUUGUACUUCUCCUCUCCCUCCUGCUUCCCCCACCUCCUCAGAAAAGCCUGCAGGCAUCAACAACAAACCAAAAAGCAAUGGAGGGGAGGGUGAGAGACUGCCAAAAUAAUCAUUGCCCUUCUCUCUACUCCCUUUCUCGCAAGGUGGAACAACAGCAGUUCUGACUCACACCCCCUUGUCCUGCCCCGUUUCCUAAAGGGAAGGAGGAGGAGGAGUAGACCAGUCUUUCAAGGAGCCGGCGGGUGAUAGGGAAAGGCUAGCUUCUCUGCUCAGCUCCCACCAGAGUGCUCUCUCAGGCUCCUCUUGCCAAGACGGGUUGGACUCACAUGGCAGUGGUGGCCUCUUCUGGACCCUGAUCAUGGGAGAGAAUCCCCAAAAGGUGGACAGUGGAGAGAAAGGGAUGAAGAUCCCCACAGAGAGACCAAUCUAAAGAGAACGGGGAGCCAACAAGAAUAAACUGAAGGCCCCGUGAAUUUAUAUAUAUAUACAUAUAUAUAUAUAUAAAUAUCUAUUCCCCACCCCUGGCCCGCUCUGUCCUUGCUGUAACUGUUUCUAUCUCUGUGUUUAUAAAACGCAUUAUCCUGGCAAAUUUUUAUUUUCAAUCUUCGUUUGUUUUUCCCUCUUUGUCUUCUCUUCUCCUUCCCUUUUGGUUUGUUUAUUU